GCCGCUUGAAAACUGAGCAAAUUUCGAAAUUGGGGCAAAAUUAGGGUUUAAAAUUUGUAUUCCAAACCACCGGAUAGCACGCCAUUGUCCUGGUAUUGAUGCCUGCACACAGAAGAGAGCUGUUUGGUUACUGGGAAAAGCAAGCUUGCAAGUUCAGGAAAUAAAGGAACUGUUUGGUUACUGGCAAAACCAAUAUUGGAAACUAUUAGGAUCUGCGUACAGUGGCCGAGGAUAGAACUUUAAGGAAGCCGACGAUGGACGAGUCUCCUACAUCCCUGAAAAGGAAGCAAACGGAAGUGAAUUCAGAGGCGAAGUCGGGAAUUACUGUAGAAGAAUCUGUCCGUAAGAGGCAAAACAUAGCACGUACAUGUGUGCAUGAGGUGGCGGUUCCGACCGGAUAUGCUUCAAACAAGGAUGAAUCAAUUCAUGGCACCCUUUCAGAUCCCAUUUAUAACGGGGAAAGAGCAAAAACCUAUCCAUUUAAGCUUGAUCCUUUUCAGGAGGUUUCUGUGGCUUGUUUGGAAAGAAAUGAGUCAAUUUUAGUUUCGGCACACACUUCAGCAGGUAAAACUGCUGUGGCUGAGUAUGCAAUUGCCAUGGCCUUCAGAGACAAACAGAGGGUGAUAUAUACUUCUCCAUUAAAGGCUUUAAGCAAUCAGAAGUAUAGAGAAUUAAGCCAAGAGUUUUCAGACGUUGGCUUGAUGACUGGUGAUGUUACAAUUUCACCUAAUGCAAGUUGCUUGGUGAUGACUACUGAGAUUCUCAGAGGAAUGCUUUACAGGGGUUCUGAGGUGUUGAAGGAAGUAGCUUGGGUCAUAUUUGAUGAGAUACACUACAUGAAGGAUCGCGAAAGGGGUGUCGUUUGGGAAGAAAGUAUUAUUUUCUUGCCCCCAGCCAUUAAGAUGGUAUUUCUUUCAGCAACCAUGUCAAAUGCAACUGAAUUUGCUGAAUGGAUAUGCAAUUUACAUAAACAGCCAUGUCAUGUGGUCUAUACAGAUUUUAGGCCCACACCCCUUCAACAUUAUGUGUUCCCAAUGGGUGGCUCUGGAUUGUAUCUUGUAGUUGAUGAGAAUGAGCAGUUUAAAGAGGACAACUAUUUGAAGCUUCAGGACACUUUCACAAAACAAAAUCUUGCUCAAGGGAACAAAAGUGGGAACGCCAAGGCAAGUGGCAGAAUUGCGAAAGGUGGAGCUGCUUCUGGUGGUUCUGAUAUAUACAAGAUUGUCAAGAUGAUAAUGGAGCGAAAAUUCCAACCAGUCAUAAUCUUUAGUUUUAGCAGAAGAGAAUGUGAACAACAUGCAAUGUCGAUGUCCAAGCUUGAUUUUAAUACUGAAGAGGAGAAGGAUGUUGUGGAGCAAGUAUUUAAAAAUGCAAUCCUGUGUUUGAAUGAUGAGGAUAGACACUUGCCUGCCAUUGAAUUAAUGUUGCCCUUGCUUCAGCGAGGCAUCGCUGUUCACCAUUCUGGCUUGCUUCCUAUUAUCAAAGAACUUGUGGAGCUUCUCUUUCAAGAAGGUCUCGUUAAGGCUCUCUUUGCCACAGAAACGUUUGCCAUGGGGUUGAACAUGCCUGCAAAAACUGUCGUUUUCACAAGUGUGAAAAAAUGGGAUGGUGAUAGUCACCGAUAUAUUGGAUCUGGUGAGUAUAUACAGAUGAGUGGUAGAGCUGGACGUCGUGGUAAAGAUGCACGGGGUAUAUGCAUUAUAAUGAUUGAUGAAAAGAUGGAGAUGAAUACCCUUAAGGACAUGGUUUUGGGCAAACCAGCUCCAUUGGUCAGUACUUUCAGAUUAAGCUACUAUUCAAUUCUGAAUUUAAUGAGCCGUGCUGAGGGACAAUUCAAUGCUGAGCAUGUUAUCAGGAACUCCUUUCAUCAAUUUCAGUAUGAGAAGGCUUUACCCGACAUUGGGAAAAAGGUCUCACAGCUUGAAGAGGAAGCUGCAGUGCUUGAUGCUUCCGGGGAGGCCGAGGUUGCUGAAUAUGAUAAACUAAAGCUUGAAAUAGCGCAACAUGAAAAGCAAAUGAUGUCAGAAAUGACAAGGCCUGAAAGAGUUCUCUCUUUUCUUGUACCUGGUAGGCUGGUUAAGGUAAGGGAGGGCGGAACAGACUGGGGCUGGGGAGUUGUAGUUAAUGUGGUGAAAAUACCCUCAGCUGCAUCAGGUUCUUUGCCUGCUGCUCUUGCCUCUUCACGUGGUAGCAGUUAUAUUGUGGACACCCUGCUUCACUGUUCUCUUGGCUCAAGUGAAAAUGGUUCUCGACCAAAACCAUGUCCCCCUCAUCCAGGAGAAAAGGGAGAAAUGCAUGUGGUUCCUGUUCAGUUGCCUCUAAUUUCUGCACUUAGCAAGCUCAGAUUAUCUAUUCCUUCUGACUUACGGCCAACAGAAGCUCGGCAAAGUAUUCUGCUUGCUGUGCAAGAGCUUGAGAAACGCUAUCCGCAAGGCCUACCAAAGCUUAAUCCUGUUAAGGAUAUGGGAAUUGAAGAUCCAGAGUUUGUUGAGUUGGCUAACAAAACCGAGGAACUUGAACACAAAUUGGUUUCUCAUCCGCUGCAUAAGUCUCAAGAUGAUCAUCAGAUUAGAAGUUUUCAGAGAAAAGCAGAAGUGAAUCAUGAAAUCCAACAGCUAAAGUCGAAAAUGCGUGAUUCUCAGCUUCAAAAAUUCCGUGAUGAACUUAAAAAUCGAUCACGGGUUCUCAGAAGGUUGGGGCAUAUUGAUGGUGAUGGUGUUGUUCAAUUAAAGGGACGUGCAGCCUGCCUGAUAGAUACUGGAGAUGAGCUCCUUGUCACUGAAUUAAUGUUCAAUGGUACCUUCAAUGAUCUUGAUCACCAUCAGGUUGCAGCUCUGGCAAGUUGUUUCAUUCCUGGAGACAGAUCUACUGAACAAAUACAGUUAAGAGCUGAACUUGCUAAGCCGUUGCAACAACUUCGAGAGAGUGCCAAAAGAAUAGCAGAGAUACAGCGGGAGUGUAAACUUGAGGUAAAUGUGGAUGAAUAUGUCGAAGCUUCAAUUAGACCAUAUCUGAUGGAUGUGAUUUAUUGUUGGUCAAAGGGUUCAUCCUUUGCAGAAGUUAUCCAAAUGACCGAUAUUUUUGAAGGUAGCAUCAUACGGCUAGCAAGAAGGCUUGAUGAAUUUUUAAACCAGUUGAAAGCUGCUGGCCAUGCGGUCGGUGAAGUUGAUUUGGAGAACAAGUUUGCAGCAGCCAGUGAAAGCCUUCGUCGUGGGAUAAUGUUUGCGAACUCAUUGUAUCUUUAAAGUUGUGAAAAGUUGCACACGCUUUGCUGCCAGUGAUAAAACCACUUGCAGUGGCUCAGAUGUUGCUCGUCUGAUCAGCUGAUAUUGUUGUUUGCCAUUAUAGGUUUACAUUUUGAUAGGUGAGUUCUUCUCUAUUUGUGCCCAUAUAAAUAUUUUCUUUUUCUUGGGUUUUCCAAAUCUAGAAUUCAUCGUUACUGUAGUCUAGUGAAUACAAAAUGAGAUGAAAGAGAAAACGUUACUUCAUUAAGUUUUUUUAAUA